AUGCCAUCCCAAGCACUCGAGGCAGAUGAGGAUUUGCAGCUGUGGAAAGAGAUAGAUGAUGCAUGUUCUGCCUACCUGACCACAGAUUCUCAGCCUCAGGUGUCCAGUACACUGGAAGAACUUUGUUUUUUGGUCAUGGGAUUUCUCCAGAAACCACAGGGUUUAGAUGAAAAAGACAACACCAAAAGGUUCUUAUUUCAUUAUUCUAAGACUCAUGACUCAGGCAACUCAGACAUCAUGUCGUCUGUCCUGCAUCCUUUGCUGCAACUCGUUCCCCAGCUUAAUGAGAGAAGACUGAAGAGAUACAAAGUGGACGAAGAACUUCAAGGACCUGGAGGGAUUCAAAGCAGAGGCUACUUUUUUUAUAGGCCACGCAAUGGAAGGAGAUCAGUGGAUUUUCGCUAAGGAGGAUUUUAGAUUCCUGACCUAGAACUAAUGCUGCGGGAAUGUUGAGUACAUGGACAUACUGUUUUUCCUUACAAAAAUUAUUCAUUACUAAUGUACAAUUAAAAAUCACUAGAAUGUAAAUGUUCUUAAAAGAUUCAAAAGUUUCUUUACUUUCUUGAUUAUAUUAAAAGCAUAUUAAAAUUACUUGUUUCCUAGUGUUAUGAUGUUUACAACUGUGUAAUGCAACUGUAAAAGUCAGUGUGUGCAUGCAACAGACAUUGUCCCUAACAACACAGUUAUGUACAUUUAUUUUUUCUUAUAAAUAAAAGCACUCAGUUAGAGAUUUGUUUUAAUGA